AUGUUGGCGGACAAGGAGUUCGCUCUGCCAUUGCGCCCUGGAGAACCUGGCAUGAACAUACUCUCGGAUGCCGAAGCGGACAAUGCCUCGAACGAAGGCGGCCAGGGAGAUGACCAGAACGGCAAUGACACGAAGCCAUCUCUCACGAACUACGCCAAUCAUCCCAACAUUAAGGGCCUCCCAGCCUUCGAUUUCGGUGUUGCGGAUGAUGAGCCUAUUCUCCAGCAGUGGUACUCGGGCCUUCUGCGGAAUAUUGUGCUCCCAUUCGAUACCUUCAAGAAUCCGCGAUCAGCUUCCGGCAUGCAAUCCGUCGCUCGCCGACUUCAGACUGUUUUCCGGGUGGCUCUUCGCUCUCAUGGGUUGAACGAUGGGACUUCGCAGAUGAAAGUUCUCUGGAUCUCGACCUUCCAGAAUCUCCGUCACUAUGAUACCGAUCAAUCUUGGAAUUUCGAAGUCUCCCACAAGAAAAUUCCUGGCAUCAUGUUCAAGUUCACAGAAGCCCGUGUUCGCUUCCUGAACGGCAACGCCGACAAGUCGUCCGUCCCAUCGGAGUUUCUUAGCUUCCUUCAGACCGUCGAUGCCUUCAUUGCCGCCGUGGAACCUAGCGUCCGAAAGUACAGAAGCGAUCUGGACGAAGGAGCGUCACCUUGA